CAAUCCGGAUAAAACAAGAAAACAGAGCUCGUCAGUCAUCGGCCAUUUUACAAUUAAGGUUCCAAAGUAUAUUUAAAAGUCAUUCUAAUCGUGAAUAGUUUCGUUGUAAUAAUAAAUUUAGUUGUUUUUCAAUAUUUCAUAAUUAAAGUGUGGAAUCUCGUAAUUUUAAGGAUUAAAUAAAAGUAGACUUAAAAAAUUAAGAUGAGUAAGGUGUGUUGACAUCGUAGUAUUAGUGACAUUCGUGUCCUCCGCUAAACUAGGUGCUUUAGGCGGAGUGUACUAUUAAAGUCGGAGCCCUGGAAGGCUUAAAAGUACAAACCAUGGGCAACAAUGCCGCUACGGCGAACAAAAAAGUAGAUUCAGCGGAGAGCGUAAAGGAGUUCCUGGACCAGGCCAAAGAAGAUUUUGAAGAAAAGUGGAAGCGGAAUCCGACAAAUACAGCAGGUCUAGAUGAUUUCGAACGAAUUAAAACCCUCGGAACGGGUUCGUUCGGCCGAGUUAUGAUAGUGCAGCAUAAACCUACUAAAGAAUAUUAUGCAAUGAAAAUAUUAGACAAACAAAAAGUGGUGAAAUUAAAGCAGGUGGAGCACACUCUAAACGAAAAGCGGAUUCUACAAGCCAUCAGUUUUCCAUUUCUCGUGAGUCUAAAGUUCCAUUUCAAAGACAAUUCGAAUCUUUAUAUGGUGCUUGAAUAUGUGCCUGGCGGUGAAAUGUUUUCUCAUCUUCGUAAAGUCGGCCGUUUCUCCGAACCGCACUCGCGUUUCUAUGCAGCUCAAAUAGUGUUGGCUUUUGAAUAUCUCCACUAUCUAGAUCUGAUUUACAGAGAUCUGAAACCAGAAAAUUUACUAAUCGAUUCUCAGGGUUAUCUUAAGGUAACCGAUUUUGGUUUUGCCAAAAAAGUCAAAGGUCGUACCUGGACGUUAUGUGGUACACCUGAAUACCUCGCUCCAGAAAUAAUCCUCAGUAAGGGAUACAACAAAGCUGUUGAUUGGUGGGCUCUAGGAGUAUUAGUUUAUGAAAUGGCAGCCGGUUACCCUCCAUUCUUCGCUGAUCAACCUAUACAGAUUUACGAGAAAAUUGUAUCUGGAAAAGUUCGUUUUCCAUCUCAUUUUGGCUCAGAUCUCAAAGAUCUACUCCGUAAUUUGCUACAAGUCGAUUUAACAAAAAGAUACGGAAACUUAAAAGCGGGAGUGAACGAUAUUAAAGGUCACAAAUGGUUCGCUUCCACAGAUUGGAUUUCCACUUUCCAAAAGAAGAUAGAAGCUCCAUUUAUACCGAGAUGCAAAGGACCAGGCGACACUAGUAAUUUCGACGAUUACGAAGAAGAAGCCUUGCGCAUCUCCUCUACUGAAAAAUGCGCCAAAGAAUUCGCCGAAUUCUGAAUGGUUUAUCAUGAAAUAAUUUAUGUAAGUAGCCUUGCCACUGUCCCAGGCUAGUGACAGACUGCUGCCAGGGGCUCUUCCAAUAACUGAUUCGUGCUUGCUCGAUUGGUCCUCUGUACUAUUUUAUUAAAACUAGAGUUAAUGCAAAAAAUAAUUACCUCCUUAAUAAACCUAUAAAUAUUUUAAAUUUGCUAAUGUGGGGAUGUUAAUAGGAUGUAGAAUAGAAUAUAACAAUCAAUUUUAGCUUUCGAGGUAGAAUUUUUGUAGUAACUUCAGUUUUUUAUUAUUGUUUUAAUCAAAUAUAAUUACCGUAGAAGGUUACUGCCAUCAUGAGGUAUAUUUCAAAAAAAAAUUAUAACGGAGUUUCAAAGUUACCUAUUUUAUAUAUUAAACUCUAAAUUUCAUUUUUUCUUAAUGUACAAUCAAAAUAUCUUUAUAAGCAUCCAUAUAUUAUGUCACAUGUCAAUUGUAGAGUUUUUAGUUCCCCAAAUGAAUGGACUAUAACUCUUAUUUUCUAUUAUUUUGGAGUUGGAUGGAAUAACUUUGAUGAAUGAAAGGACUAUAAUUUAUUCUCUUUCUUGAUUUCUUCUAUUUUGGAAUUUGAUGGAAUUACUUUGAUGAAUGAAAGGACUAUAACUUUUAUCACCGAAAUGUGGAUUUUAUGUUGCUUUUAUUAGAUGUUUCAACAAAAAUCCUAAGUGAAAAAUCGAGUCAGGAGGAUUAUGAAAAUGUGAAAACUUGUGACGUCGUGUAAAGGGGUUUAAAAAUCCCAAAAUUCUUGUGACGUUAUUUAUGGAUGUCCCUUUUAACGUGAAUUAUUUAUCUUUUUAUUAUAUUUUUGCUAUAUUAGCAGUUUUAAAUUAAAAAUUUUCAUCUACACUCAGAAAAAAAGAUUCUCGUCAAGUUUAAACUGUUAAUAACAAUUUUAAGUGAAUUUUUACCAUUUGAAAUGCAUGUUUUUUUCAAAUUUCUAUCUUUAGGGGAAUUUGAUGCUAUUUGAAAUCGCUUUAGAGCACCGGUUCGCCAAUAGUAGUCGUUAAAGCACAGUUUUUGAAAAAAAAUUUUUCUCCAGUGCGAGUUACGCAAAAAAAAACUUUAAAGCGAUUUCCAAGAGCACAAAAUUCCCCACUAGGUCCAUCGAAUUGAUUUUCGUUAUUGCAAAAAGUGCAUAUUAGAAAUUUGAAAAAAAAAGUUCAUAUUCAAAUUAUAAGUACUUAAAAUUGAAAUUAAGAGCUCAAACUUGAGCUCAAAGACCUUGACCCAUACAAAAAUAACUUCAAUAUAAAAAAAACUACUUGAAAAUGUUGUCAAAUGAUGUUAUCUUCAAAAUCAACACUCGACUUGUAGUAUCGACACUGAAAUUUUCAAUUGAAUCAUAAUCAAUGUAUAUCUGAUUUUUUUUCUUUCUAUAUUGAACAAAUUGUAUAUACGAGGACUGUUUGUUUUUUAAACCUCCUAUCGCUCCGUGCAGUCAAUCAAUAAAGAAAUUUAUUUUCAACAUGUCUAAUAUCCUAACCUCUUUUAAAUCUUCCGUUUGUCAUAAAAAAAUCAUCGAAUUUCGUAUAGGGCGUGAUUUCUAGUCAAUUCAAACGAACGCUCCUAUAUGCCAAUGUGUUUCAUUAUUUCAAAAAUUCAUAUUUAAAAUUGGUAAAUUUGAAAUCCCUCAAUAAAAGUAACAUUAAAAUUUCAAAAUGAUGCAAUUUUAUCUUGAACUUAUAUGAAGAAAAAAAAAAUAAUUUUCAAACUAAAAUUUUGUAAUAAAUAAAUUCGCCAUUCACUGUCAGCUCUACAAUACUACAAAAGUCAUUUGUAUGGGAUAUUAUCUAAUUACCAAUACGAGGGAUGUACAUCAAGUUCUAGAAAUAUUUUGAAUUAUUUUAAAAUUCAGGAUGAAAUAUUUAAUUAAUGCAACUUUGAAUUGGAUUAAAACUUUGAAAAACAACCAAUAAUUUAUAGAUUAAGAUCAAAAGGUUAAUUCCCUAAUGUUGUAAAUAUGGAUUAUCUAUUGGAAAAUAUUUAUUUACAGUAGCAAUACAGUAUGACGUACAGGAAUCCUGAUAGACGUUUUAUAAAAAAAAUAUUGUUUUACAUAUAUUUGAUUUUUCACUAACAAAACUCGAAUUUCUUUCAUAGCUUUAUUUUCAAUUGCAUUUCAACACUCCACUGUAUACAUGACGCACAAACUAGUUGCGUGACGAAUGUAGCCAAGAUGGCGGAACUACUUCCGUCGUCCAUAGUUGUAUUAUACAGAAACGUAUAUUUGCUUUCUGUAUAUUUAUAGUUAUUUUUCGAAAUUUCGUAAAUUUAAUCAAUUUUUGCACUAAGAUGUUUCUAUAUUAUGGAAUUAAUAUUGUUCAGUGUACCGUUUUACUAUCAACAACAGAAGGAAUUGGUCUUAUUCUAUAAUUUUCUAUGGGAAAUUUCCUAAUAAUAACAAACUCUGUGAAUUAAUUUGUUGAAAGGAAAAAAUACAAUUUUGCACGUUGAUAUACACAUAUUCUAUAAAAAAUAUAUCAAACAAUUUUAUUUAUUACUUAUUGUAAAUAUUGUAUCAUAUUUUGCACUAUUUACAUUAAAUAGUGUCCCAACUUGUUCAUUUUUUUUAGUUCUUAAUAAGUGCAGAGGUACCAAAUGGGGAUCAUUGUGAAAGUAAGGCAUUACCUUAGGGCAAAUUAUCGCAAUAUCUUCUAUUAGGUUUAAGAAAUUAGAUAAAUAUCAUAGAGUUAAAUAUAUAUAUAUGGCUGCCUUUAUAAAUAUGCUUCACGUCUUUCAAUUAGUAAAUUUUUAAGAAACUAAGCAAUUUACCAUGGAUAAAUUUAUACUAAAACUACAUAUUUUUUUAUUUAUCAAAUGUAUUUUUAAUUAUUUAUUGUGAGUAUUCAAUUUCACUUAGUAUAAAACAGCUAGGAAGAAUUUUUAAAUCUGGCAACAAUGUGAUCGACUCGAUAGGGAGCGUGACGUCACUACCGUCAUAUUGUUGUAGUCCACUUUCGAAACAAAUUUUGUGAGGUAGUGUGUGUCUUUAAAGUUAUUUAAAAAAAAUGUUCAAUUAGUUUAUUGUUGUAUAAUAUGGUAAUGUGUUUUGUAUUAGAAGAUAUUUUAAUAUGUUUACGAUGAUCGACGUAGUAAAAACUUUGUUUGGAAAGUGAUCCUUGACAUGCCCUAACAAUGGCGGUGUGUGACGUCAACACUCCUAUAGUCCACUAUUACGUUUUUACUAAUAAACCGGAGUUGAUAGUUUUCAAAAUAAAAAAAAAUAUUGAUAAAAGAGGAGGUAAUAAUAAAAUUGGAAGGAAAAAUAAUUUACAGGUGAUUUGAUGUCGGGAAGGGUAGGGGGGUGAGUUUUUAAAGGUAAAAAACAGUUUUUCUCGAUUUCCGGCAAAACUACAAGUCUUAUGAAAAAAAGUUGAAUAGCAAAGUUGUAGGUAAUGACGAGAUCUACAACUUUUGUAUUUGCACUUUUUUCAUAUAACCUCAAAAUUUAUGUGAAAAAUUAAAAAAACCGAAUUUUUUGUUUUUAAUUUUUGUUUUUUACUAAAAACUUUUUUUAAACAAAAUUUUGUGAAAAGUUACCUUUCUAUGUCCCAUAUACAAUGUAAUUUAUUUGAAAUAUUCAUUUUUUCAAGUUAUUUUGACAUUAUAUCGAAAAAGCACCGUAAUUUUGAAACGAAAAUUCUCCCUUCAAGGUAUAAGUUAAAAAAAAAAAAAGUCGCUGAGAUUUUUGUUCAUUGGAUGGAUCCAAAAAAUAUUUCCAUGAAAAGUCAAAAAAGAUUUUUUUUAAUUAUGUACAAUUUUAAGUUGUUUAUUAAAAUUUUCCACUCUAAUUACACAAAAAAUGUGAGAUUCCAUGUUACAUCGAUAAAUAUAAGUAAUUAAAGUGAAAUAUUUUAAUAAAUAUCUAAAAACUGAACAUAAUGUUGAAAAAAAUUUCGUGUGCGAAUUUUUUUGCCUUUUCUGUGAAAAUUUACCAUGGUGAUGGUAAUAUUUUUUUACACCAUAAGAAAAUAGAGAUUUCAACGAAUAAAACACACCCCAAUUUUUUUAAAAAAUCUGUUACAAUGAGGGGAUAAUUUUCGUUUCAAAAUUAUGGCGAUAUUUCGAUAUUAUGUCAAAAUAACGUGAAAAAAUGAAUAUUUCAAAUAAAUUACAUUGUAUAUGGGACAUACAAAAGUAACUUUUCACAAAAUUUCGUGAAAAAAAAUGUUUUUUGUAAAAGAUGAAAAUUGAAAACGAAAAAUUCGGUUUUUUGAAUUUUUCACAUGAAUUUUGAGGUUAUGUGAGAAAAGUAUAAAUACAAAAGUUGUAGAUCUUCUUAUUACCUACAACUUUGCUAUUUAACUUUUUUCCAUAGCUCUUGUAGUUUUACCGGAAAUCGUUUUUCCCCUUAAAAACACGCCCCCUUUGCCUUACCGACCACAUAUCGCCCGUACUAUUAUUUUUUUUUUCACUUUUUAUUAUUUUCAAAGGCUUCUACCCUGGUCUAAAAAUAUUUUUUAACAAUUCCAGUUUAUGAUCAUUCAUAUAAUUCCAUAAUAAAUUUAAAAAUAAUAUCUGAUAAAAGCCCUCGAGUAUAUCUUGACUUUUAAAGUACUACAAGUAUUUCUAUGUACCUAUUUUAUCGAAUAUUUUUAAAAUGACAAUGAGAAUUUUUUAGUUUUAGUAUAAAAUUUACUGUGUCGUAUCCCUCCUCCAUUUUCAUCCAACCACCCCCCCCCCAAAUUUUACGAAAUUCCUACAAUAUUAUUGUAAAAAACAAAUGUUUGGUAUGCCUUAGUUUCAGGUAAUCUUUUACGUGUUAUUAUGUUACUAUAUAUGUGGUAGUCUGUCAGUGUUUUGUUUCAAAGAAAUUUAAGGAUAUGAUCUGAAUUUAUUUAAAAGAUACAAAAAAGUCGGUCUCGGUGACUUUUAUAUUCAAUUCAUUCAAUAUUUCGUUAAUAAAAUAUCAUAUCAUUAAUCGUAAUAUUGAAAAUAUUUUACCUAUGAGUCAAUACCUUACGUAUAAGUAUACAGGAAUACGACACGUGUUUUACAUAGUUGCCACGUUGUAGCGAAAUAAAUCUUAUGUUUUUUAAGAUGUCAAUUGUCAAAUUGGAUCAGUUCACUCAGAUCGACUUGAUAUUAUAAGAAAAGUAGGAACUAAGCAGAAAAAAAAAUAAGUAAAGAUCGGUGUGUACAGAAAAUCAUUUAAGUUAUAUAGAAACCUAUUUUUAAAAGAAAAAUUAACAUCGUCAAGUUCUAUUUUUCUUAUUAAUUGGUUAUGUAAAUGUUGAUAGAUUUCACUAGUCCGAAGUAUUCUAUUUAGCGAGUGUUUAUUGAUUCGUUUCGAACUAUUUAUCUAAAAAGAAGAAAUAAACACUUUACAAAAAGUUUACGAUAAAUCUGCAGUAGCUCCUUUUUAAAAAAUAUAUAUAAAUAUAAAUCAGCUUUAAAUUUGUAGCCUUAUGUGAUACAUUGAAAUAUAUAAUUAGCUUUAUAAAUAAAUGUGUGUAUAAUUUCAUUUUUUUUCACUGUAAUAACCAAAAGUAGAUAUUAGAAACCUCAUUUCCCGAC